GCUUCCUUCUUCCCCAAAAUCCUCCGUCCCGGCCGCCGCCUCCCUUCUCCCCAAAAUCCGAUCCAUUGCCGCCCUUCUCCAGCUCCAUUCCCCCAUACAAGUUUGCUCCCAGCAGAUCCGCCCCUCAGCGCGAGGACCCUGGGCGUGGCCAUGAAGAUGAAGGAGGGGGGCGACUGGAGCAGCGAGUGGCGGCGGCCGCACGGCAGCACCAAGUUGGGUGGCCUAUCCAUGGUCCCGGAAUGGGAUUCGCUUCCACCGGAGCUUGUCCAAGCGGUCGCCGACCGCGUCCUCUCCACCACCGGCGGCGUCGACGCGUACAUGGACAUGAGGGCCGUCUGCUCAACCUGGCGCUCUGCCGUCGCCAAGCCAUCUCCUUUCGCCGCGGUAGCCGGCCUCCGUUUCCGCCCGCGCCACUGGGUCAUGCUCGACCUGCAACCCGACGGCCUCAAUGACGAGUCUCGCCUCUUCCUCCACGUCCCCACCGGCCGCUUCCGCCGCCUGCACGUCCCGGCGCUCCGCGACAACCUCGUCGCCGGUGCCGCCGACGGUCUCCUCGUGCUCGCGGACAUGUAUCCACCGCACUUGGCUCGUGUCCUCAACCCAUUUACAGGUGACAUGCUCCACUUCCCCGCCGCGUUACCUCGGCAUUUUACCUUUACCUCGGUGAAGGGAGGCUCUCACCCGACGCUGGUCUUGCUGAGAUGGGGCUCGGUGUUCUGUGCUGCCCCAAGCAGCGAUUUCUUUACACAGACAGAGAAGGCCGUUGAAACCUACUUGGUGAGCAUUGCCAACUUCCAGGGCGACGUCUAUUGUGCCGAUGGCCAUGGAUGUGUAUUCAAGUUGGUCGCACUCGCACCAGCAGCAGACCAGUGUGAUGAUGAUGAUGAUGAUGAUGAGCUCCUGGUCAUACCUGCCGCGGCACUGCCGGAUGUGCACGUAUAUACACAAGAGGGAGAUGAUGACACAAAAGAGGGAGAUGAUCACAGCGAAAUGCCUUUUUAUCUCGUAGAGUCUGCUGGGGAACUGCUGCUCGUUCGCUCGGUCGAUCAAACUUUGAAAGUUUUCAGAGUCGACGUCGAGCACAAGUUGUUGGAGGAGGUCAAGAGCCUCGGUGGCCGCACCUUGCUCCUUGGCCAAGAGAGGUGUGUGUCUGUCGAUGCAGCUAAGCUUCCGUCCGUUGACGGAGAUUGCAUAUACACGUCAGAUUUUGAAAACACGCCCAUGUCAGAUUCUGAAAGCGCGUCCAUGUCAGAUUCUGAAGACAUGUCCAUGUCAGAUUCUAGAGACAAGAUGUGCGUGUAUAACCUAAGAGGUGACAUGGUGGACAUCAUCUACAGCAAGGACUUUUGUGCUCGACCUUUCAGCCUUGUCCAGGUUCUCUUGCGGUACUGUGAUGUCCUUCCCAAAUUGUAAAGGUUGUGAAAAUAAACCUGUGCUGGCCUUGCUGCUACUGCCUCAUGCCACUGUGAGUAGUAGAUUAAGUAGUAGUAGGUUUUCCCAUAUUGGAACAUUUUUAUGUACUAUUUUGCUUAUCUCCUUCAUCUUAUGUAUUCUUGCAUCGCUCGACUGAUGUUGUUUAUCAGCUGUUCAUUAA